AUGGAUCAGAUCAAGGGUGCGAUUGUCAAGUUGACAUAUGAAAUAAGGCAUGGAUUUUAUCCCGAGCUGCGGAGGAAAAGCUCGCACGAGGAAAUUGUAUGCGCGUUCCUCGAGAAGCUAUCGGAAUGCGGCAAUGACGAGCACGAGCGCAACCAGGCAAACCGCAAUGAUAAGCUGUAG